CGUACUAUAAAGAUAUGAUCACAAGAUCAAUCAUCAACAAGCUAAAGAACACAAAUAAACUAUUUAAUAAGUAUUUAUCAACUGUUAAUAAGAAUGAGGUAGAUUUCUUCUCAAAGUUGUCAAAACAUUGGUGGGAUGAAAGUGGUGAAUUUGGAUUAUUACAUAAAAUGAAUGGACCUAGGGUACAAUUCAUUUUAGAAAGAAUAGAAGAAACUAAAAAGGAAGAUUUCUUACGCAAUAAUAUCACUAUUAACUCUACUACACCAGGUAGAGAUUUAGAAGGAAUAAAAGCAUUAGAUAUUGGUUGUGGAGGUGGAUUAUUAUCAGAGACGCUCUCUAGAUUAGGUGCAACUACAACUGGGAUUGAUGUCACAGAAUCAAAUGUAAAAAUGGCAAAGUUGCAUUCAGAACAGGAUCCUUAUUUCACGCCUGAUAGAUUAGAUUAUCAAUAUAUUGCUGCAGAGGAUUUAGCAAAGCAAGGUGAAGAAAAAUUUGACGUAGUUUGUGCUAUGGAGGUAAUUGAGCAUGUUGAUAAACCAGCUGAAUUCCUCAAAACAUGCUCAAAAUUAGUAAAACCUGGUGGACAUUUAUUCUUAUCAACAAUUUCACGUACAUCAUUUGCAAAGUUAUUAACAAUUACUAUGGCAGAGGAUGUUUUAGGAUUAGUUUCAAAAGGUACACAUUCUCAUGAAAAGUAUAUAAAACCAAUAGAAUUAGCGAAUUAUUUCAAAGAUGAGAUUAAAUGGUUUAGUCAUUCAGAUUCAGCUAUUGAUGGAGGAGGAUUUUCAUCUCUCAUUGGUAGUUCACCUAUUUUGAAUAGAUUAGAAGGUCAAAUUAGAGGUAUCGCUUAUAUACCAUGGCAAAAGAGGUGGGUAUUGUUUGAUGAAGGGACACCUGCAAGUACUUUAUGUAAUUAUGUAUUUUGGGCUCGUAAACCUAUGAAUCAGAUUUAAUGUACUCUUAAAUAUUUACAUCGAUGAUAUCACAUAGAAUUUUAAGUAAAAGGUUAUUUAGUUCGAUAGAAAAGAGAAAUAGAGUUAGUAAAUUGAGACUAUUUAGUUAUAGUUUUAUAGGGUUUACAACUUUGACCUUCAGUUUAUAUUUAACAAUACCAUACUCAAAAUUUGAUAGAAAUUUAAAAGAAGAGUUAGAUAGAUAUCAAUAUUCAAAAUUUAAGAUUAAAGAUAUCCAGAAUAUAAGUGAUGAUGCGAAGUUAUUCACAAUAGAUCUACCUUCUAAUAAACUAACGGAUCAAUCUAUUAAUGUUGGAUAUAUACAACAUUUAUAUAUAAAACAACCUCAUAUUCAAAUAGAGAGACCAUUCACACCAUUAGAAGUUAUAAAAGCUGAUAGUAAAGAUAUAAAGUUAUUAAUAAAGCAAUAUGAUAGAUCAGAAAUGACGAACUAUUUAUCAAAUUUAACUAUAGGAGAUGAUAUUGAGUUAAGAGGACCAGGUUUAACAUUAAAUUUAGGUGAUAUUAAGGAUAAAUCUAAUCUAGUUUUCAUUUUAGGUGGUACUGGUAUAUCAAUAUUUAAGCAAUCAAUAGAUUAUUUAUUAAAAGAUCAAACAAUAAAAUCGAUUAAACUAAUUUAUAGUUUCAACCGUAAUUGUUAUUUUAAAGACGAUCUACAAAAGUUAGAAAAACAAUCGGAUAAAUUAACAGUGAAUUUCAAUGAUACAUCAAUAACUUCACGUUUAAAUAAAAUUAAUCUAUUUAUUAAACUUGGUUUGAAUUAUUUCAAUAGUGAUAAUUUAUACAUCAUAUGUGGGAAUAAACUAUUUAAUCGUACUAUAACUAAUAAUUUGAAUGUAAAUA